UGUUUCCUACCAGUCAGUUGUGAGGCUACUGUUGUCCAGAAAAGCAGAAAGACUCGCGCAGUCCAGCCAGGAGACGUCAAGUUGUCGUGGAAAUUAGAUAACACUCGCAGACUCAUCCUCUGAAGCUGGCUACAAAUCUUUUUUGCUGGUAUGGAAAAUGAUGAAACAACGUUUGUCACCUCGAUCAAUCCCAACCAGUUCCCUGGCAAGUUGUGGCGUUUGGUGAACGAUCCUCAGAUUCGCUCAAUCUGGUGGGACGCCAGCGGGGAAGGAAUACUUGUCAAUCAGCUACCCUUCGAAGCUGAAGUGCUUCAAGUACCCAGGCAGGUGACCGAGUACUUCAGAACGACGGACUUCCUCAGUUUCGUUCGCCAGCUGAACCUGUACGGCUUCAGAAAAGAACGCAUAGACUUUGACAUCUCGGACAAUCAACCCAACAUCUCAUCCACUGACGCCCAACUGCACCACUUUCACAACCCGUACUUCAAACGGGAUAAGCCCGAGCUUCUAGUCAAACUAAAGCGACUCACGCCUCUCAACAAGGCCAAGCUCGCCGGGAGAGAGGUGCCCAGGAGGAAAUCAAAACGUAUCCAUCAUGCGAUGCUGAAUUCGCCGCAGGAAACCUCAGCCUUAAUGAACACAGGUUCAGUCUCGCUUGGACAUCAGGGAACCCCUUACCACCAUCCCUGUAAUGGCCCUCAGCAGGAGAAGGACGGCGACGUUCUGACUUCACCUCCGUCCAGCGUCAUGCACAUGCAGCAGGGCGUCAUGCCUCAUCACUCACAGUACGGGUUUUACACACCAGUGUAUCAGUGCUGUAGCCCAGACUUCUUGGAUUCAAAAGUGCCAUGCUUUCAACAACCAGCUGCUUCCUACUCUCCUUGUGGCUAUUACCCUGACUACUCAGUUGGAUACGCUCAUCCGAUCGAUCAGGAUCCAUACUGGAAAGCAGGUGAUGUUCCAGAGUCCGGGACGAGCGACCUGGAGAAAGAGAACCUGGACACUAUAUUCAAACUGGUGGAAGAAAUGCAGGUCACAUUAGAUGAUUUCCCAUCAGUAACAGCCCCGAGUGUGUACGCCACUGCAAAAAGUUUGGGAACCACUGACUUUGUUCUCUUAUAAUGCACUAUAUCUUUUUUAAAUCUACUAUUGCCUUCCAGUCUCAGGGGUCUCUCUCUCUCUCUCUCUCUCUCUCUCUCUCGUCUUCAAAUUAAAUUUCUGUAGUUCUAACUGUCUGAGUCUAAAACUACCUUUUUCAGGGAAAGCUCAUUCUUUAACCCAUACAUCAUAUUGCACUGUUAGCCCAGAUUUCAUAUCUACUUAACAAUUUAAUUACAACAUACUUAAAUUAUUUAAGCUUGAGUGCAUUACUAUAAUAUUGAAGUACAUUUUACUAAUUUGUAGACGUAUUUCAGUGUGGGAAUAAUUUUAAGUUAACCGGAUUAAAAUGAUGAAGGUUUUGUCCUGGCCACGCCUCCCCACUGGUCAGCUGUUACAGAGUCAGGGGAAGAUAUUUUGUGUCGUGGUUGUAAGUGAAUUCGA